CGUCGAUCCUACACAAAUUCUCGCGUGCACCGUACGCGUCGCAACCAGUCACGAAGUUUGUAUUCGAUCCCCUCCAUCUACAGACAAUUAUUUCUCUCCCCCUCCCUCCAAAUCCCACCAAAAACUGAAAUAACUGCCAAUUCUCUCUCUCUCUCUCUCCCUCUCUGUGAAAAUUCUCUUUACCACAAACAGACAAUCAUCGAACUAAACCCUAACCAGGAAGGACCAACAGUUUUUCAAAAUUUAAUUCGAUUGGAUUUGAGAUUGCGAGAUUGAUCUCAUCGAAAUCCAUUUUGGAUUGUAUCGACUAGAAGAUGUGGCAAGAGCGGAAAAACGAUGUGGAAUCUGGAAAUAGGCAGUUGUACCCGACGAUGUUGGAGAGUCCGGAGCUCCGGUGGGCAUUCAUUCGCAAGAUUUACUCGAUCCUCGCCUUUCAAUUGCUCCUCACCGUUGCUGUUGCCUCCGUCAUCGUCUUUGUCCGCCCAAUCGCCGUCUUCUUCGUCACAACCACCGCUGGCCUCAUUCUCUACAUCGUCCUCCUCAUAACCCCCUUCAUUGCUUUGUGCCCGUUGUAUUACUAUCAUCAGAAACAUCCAUUGAACUUUUUUCUCCUCGCGCUGUUCACAAUUACUCUUGCUUUUGGUGUGGGAUUGUCAUGUGCGUUUACCAAGGGGAGGAUCAUUUUGGAAGCUGCAAUUCUAACAACUGUGGUGGUUGUGAGUCUCACUCUGUACACAUUCUGGGCUGCAAAGAGAGGCCAUGAUUUCAACUUCCUUGGACCUUUCUUGUUUGGUGCUCUUCUUGUGCUUAUGGUCUUUGCAUUGAUUCAGAUUCUCUUUCCUCUGGGUAAGAUCUCAGUAAUGAUCUAUGGGGGCCUAGCUGCACUCAUAUUCUGUGGGUAUAUUGUUUACGAUACUGACAAUCUGAUCAAGCGCUACUCUUAUGAUGAAUACAUUUGGGCUUCUGUAUCGCUGUAUCUCGAUGUCAUUAAUCUCUUCUUAGCGUUAUUAACUAUUCUCAGAGCGGCAGAUGGUUAGGUGGAUUUCACCGUCCUGCCUUCUCCUCACCUUACCAUCUCAUUCCCCCCCCUUCCCCCCCCCCCCCUGGAAAACAUACAUAGAUAGAUGUGUGAUCCAAGUCCAUCUAAGUUUCUGUAGUAUUUCUACACAUUAAUUGUAUUUAAAUGUAACAGAAGAAACUAACACUCUCUCUCUCUCUCUCUUCCAGCGUUUGAUUGGGCACCCUUUUGACAUAAAAAGGAAACCCAGAUUUGCAUCCAACAAAGUUAAAUAACAAAGCCAACUAAAUAUGGUUGUACAAAAGCAAAGCACACACAUGGUGUCUGAAUCUAGGACAUGUAACAUGUCAAUGUCCUUGCUCAACACGGCAUUCUUUUCCUCAAGGUUUGUCCUUUGACAGCUCCAAAACCUACGUUUACAAAAGCAUAACCACAUGGUUGUACCGAUUUUGCUUACAUUGAUUCUAAUGGUUUUACAUUUUAGUUAAUUGAUUUGGAGCUAGAAAA